AUGAGCGCCAAAUUAUUCGUCACUUUGACCACCGUUGCCUCGGGAGCCACUUUGGUGGCGGCGAUCGUCUCGCUGUUGUUCCUCUUCAACGACAUCAACCAAUUCUACGAUGACGCUAUGCUAGAUGUUCAAGAAUUCAACGCCUACUCGAACUCGGCCUGGUCCGAUAUGGUCGUCACAAACGCCCCAACGAACGCCGUCAACCGCAACAACUUCAACUCGAUCUUCGGCCGUCACAAGAGAUCCGGUGCCGAGUGCAAGUGUGGAGCUCAGCCAGCCAACUGCCCAGCCGGACCACCUGGACCCAAGGGAGAGCCCGGAGCCCCUGGAGACGAUGGAGCCCCAGGACAAGCCGGAAACUCCGGAGAGCACGGAAUCCAACAACUCAAGGAUACCUUGCCUAAGGAUUGCAUCAAGUGCCCAGCUGGACCCGCUGGACCACCCGGACCCGAUGGACCAGCUGGACCCGCCGGAAAUGACGGACAACCCGGACCCGAUGGAGACAAGGGACAAGAUGGACAACCAGGAGAGGCUGGACCAGCCGGAGAUGCCGGAGCAAACGGAGGACCCGGAAACCCAGGAGCCCCAGGAGGACCCGGACAAAACGGAACCCGCGGAAAGGGAGCUCCAGGAGGACCCGGACCUAAGGGACCAGCUGGACCCGCUGGACAACCCGGACAGAAAGGACAAGACGGACAACCCGGAAACGACGGACAACAAGGACCAGCCGGACAACCCGGAAACGAUGGCCAACCAGGAGCUGACGGACAAGCCGGAGGACCCGGAACUGAUGGAACUCCCGGACCUGAUGCCGCCUAUUGUCCAUGCCCACCAAGAACCGCUGACAUCGCCAACAACAACCAACAACAGGGAUACUACAGAAACCGUGCU